UAGGAUUCCUCCUUCUCUCCCUCAUAGAUACAAAAUCAGCGGGUAGAGAGAGAAAGCAGUGUAAGGGAAGGGAAAGGGAAGGGAAAGGGAAGCUUUAUAUAACCCAUCUCCUGUCUCUCUAGACUCUCUUCCUUUCCAUCUUUCCUUUCUUUGCUUUGCUUGUUUCUAUUGAGAGAUUUCCACUAACAAAAGCUCUAGACUCUUGUCUUCCCACAUUUUCUCUCACCAUGAUUUCCUUGCACAGAAGCUGUUUUCUGAACAACACUGGCAUUUCUGGGUCAUCAAGCCCUUUCUCAUACAAGCUGAAGAAGCUGCCACCAGCUUCUGUCAAAGUCACAGCUUUAGGCCCCAACAGGGAUCGAAACAGCAGCGUUUUGAUUGAAAACAACAACAACCCAUUGAAAGAAAUAAAAGAAGAUGGCACUUCUUCUGUUGCUGAUGUGGACCCCAAUCCUACUGUUACCGGCGAAGACCGCGACCUCUACUAUGACGCCGCCGCCACCGACGAUCAACUUGUCACCCCUUGGUCUCUCUCUGUUGCCAGUGGGUAUUCGUUGUUGCGAGAUCCUCACCACAACAAAGGACUCGCCUUUAAUGAGAAAGAAAGAGAUUCUUAUUACUUGCGUGGUCUUCUUCCCCCCACAGUUAUUUCCCAAGAACUACAGGUGAAGAAAAUGAUGUAUAGUAUCCGCCAGUAUCAAGUUCCUCUGCAGAAGUACAUGGCCAUGAUGGAUUUGCAGGAGUUAAAUGAAAGGCUGUUCUACAAACUUCUGAUCGACAAUGUUGAGGAGUUACUGCCUGUUGUCUAUACCCCAACUGUUGGUGAGGCUUGUCAGAAAUAUGGGAGCAUCUUCAGGCGCCCUCAGGGUCUUUUUAUCAGUUUGAAAGAAAAGGGGAAGAUUCAUGAAGUUCUGAGAAAUUGGCCUCAGAGGGAUAUUCAAGUCAUCGUCGUCACUGAUGGGGAAAGGAUUUUGGGUCUAGGGGACCUUGGCUGUCAGGGAAUGGGAAUUCCUAUAGGGAAGCUCUCUUUAUAUACUGCACUUGGAGGAGUUCGUCCUUCUGCUUGCUUGCCUGUAACCAUUGAUGUGGGUACAAACAAUGAGCAAUUGUUGAAUGAUGAAUUUUAUAUAGGACUUAGGCGAAGGAGAGCUACUGGGCAGGAAUAUGCCGAACUUAUGCACGAAUUCAUGAGUGCAGUCAAGCAGAACUAUGGGGAAAAAGUUCUCAUUCAGUUUGAAGAUUUUGCAAACCACAAUGCCUUCGAUUUGCUUGCUAAAUAUGGCACAACUCAUCUGGUUUUCAAUGAUGAUAUUCAGGGAACAGCAUCUGUGGUCCUUGCAGGGCUUGUUGCUGCACUAAAAGUAGUCGGUGGAACCUUGGCUGAUCAUAGAUUUUUAUUCCUUGGUGCUGGAGAGGCUGGCACUGGCAUAGCAGAACUUAUAGCUCUUGAAAUUUCAAAACAGACAAACAUGCCACUUGAAGAAGCUCGCAAGAAGAUUUCACUUGUGGACUCCAAGGGAUUGAUUGUUAAAUCUCGUAUUGACUCACUUCAGCAUUUCAAAAAGCCCUGGGCUCACGAUCAUGAACCAAUCAAGAAACUUGUCGAUGCUGUUAAUGGAAUCAAACCAACAGUGUUGAUUGGAACAUCAGGAGUAGGAAGGACAUUUACUAAAGAAGUGGUUGAGGCUAUGGCUGCUUUGAAUGAAAAACCUAUUAUAUUCUCCCUUUCUAAUCCAACUUCACAAUCUGAAUGUACUGCUGAAGAAGCAUAUACAUGGAGUGAGGGCCGAGCCAUUUUUGCCAGUGGAAGCCCAUUUGAUCCUGUAGAAUACAAGGGAAGAGUUUUCGUACCUGGGCAGGCAAAUAAUGCAUACAUCUUCCCUGGCCUCGGUCUGGGUUUAAUUAUGUCUGGUGCAAUCCGUGUUCAUGAUGAUAUGCUUCUGGCAGCCUCGGAGGCUUUGGCUGCACAGGUGACACAGGAGAACUUUGACAAGGGACUUAUUUACCCACCAUUUAGAAAUAUCAGAAAGAUUUCAGCCCAUAUUGCAGCCAGUGUUGCAGCUAAAGCAUAUGAACUGGGUUUGGCUACUCGGCAGCCUCAGCCCAAGGAUCUUGUGAAGUAUGCUGAGCACUGCAUGUACAAUCCUGCCUACCAAAGCUACCGGUGAAGGUAGUUAGAACACCUCUGCUUUUACCAUAUUAUUUAUUAAAAAAAAAGGAAGCCCACUUUAACCAUUCCUUGAAGUCUUGUAUUUGGUCUUUUUUGUUUGAUAUCUUUGUCAUUCUUGAAGUUUUGUUCCUCCCUGUUCAUCUUUGCUGUCUUGUAAGGUACUUGGUGGGAAAGAAGGUGAAUGGUGGGUGGUGUAGUUAGAUCAAAUGAAGUCAAAAAUAGCAUUUUUUUUUUCUGAAAAAAAAUGUGGUUAUGGACUGGAAAAUGUUUCACAUUACAUGAAAUAGAAACUUGAAAGGUGUCAA